AUGGUACGCCAAUUGACGUCCGGUCGUUUCGAGCGCGAGAUGCUGACUUUCGCAGCCUACCCGGUUUUCCAAGACAAGAAAGCACCGCGGCCACGUGUCCGCCGUCGUGUCGGCAAGCACAGGAAGCACCCCGGUGGUCGUGGUAUGGCCGGUGGUCAGCACCACCACCGCACCAACCUCGAUAAGUACCACCCUGGUUACUUCGGCAAGGUUGGCAUGAGGCACUUCCAUCUCCUGCGCAACCACUACUGGCGCCCGAGCAUCAACAUCGAUAAGCUCUGGUCUCUCGUCCCCUCCGACGUCCGGGAGCAGUACCUCAGCGGCCAGAAGAAGGACACUGCCCCCGUCAUCGACCUCCUCUCCCACGGCUAUGCCAAGCUCCUCGGCAAGGGCCGUCUCCCUGAGAUCCCCGUCGUUGUCCGCGCUCGGUACGUCAGCGCUGAGGCCGAGCGCAAGGUGAAGGAGGCUGGUGGUGUUGUUGAGCUCGUUGCUUAA